AUGUCUCAAAUCACCCAGGACUUUAACUACUAUGGUGGUUAUAUCGACAACCCGUCAAUGGAGCCGGCAGAGGUCAGCCUGAAGGUUCUGGAAUCGUCUUUGUCUGGUGAUCUUGUUGCAUACAAUAAGAGCUCUAUUUCCCUGUCCCUUGGACAACACAGCAGCUGGAAGGGAGCUGCCCGAGUGGGAUACAAGUCGGCUUCCUUUGGUGUCUCUCUUGACGCCAGCAGCAAGUGGACCCUAACUGCCGACACUACUCUCCAGAACUUCACUAAUUCGGACACCUCUAACAAUAACAUCCAAAGCCGUGGAUAUAACAUCUACUACAACUCUUCUGCCUCUGCAAAUAAGUGGCUCAAGAGUCGUACUAUUAAGCUCUCUGGUGGUGGAAAGCUUGAGCCAAUUAAGAGCAGAAUGGGCUAUUGA